AUGAUUCCGAAUAAAAUUCAAUGUCGAAAGAUGAAAAAAGUUGAUAGGAACCAGUUUAGUAGUGUUUAUAACUUAUUGGCGUUAACAUCGUUUUAAUAAAGUCGUCUCAAGAAACGAUGUAUACUUUAGAUUAUUCUGAUGCGUUGCUGCUUUAUUAUUUAUUUUUUGCAAAAAUAUUGCCAGCGUUGGUCACAUUUUUUUUCGACAAACGUUUCAAUAUAAAAAUCAAAUUCAAAAGCAUUUCGCUUCUGAACGCAAGCAUACAAAAUAUUUAUAUAAAAUGGGCAGGUUAUGAAAUUUCUGUGGCAGAACUAGGAUUGAAGACGAAAUAUUUCAACUCGGAAUAUAAUAAACCUCUUUGCAUUGAGUUGGAAGAAGUUAAAAUUAAUCAAACAAAUGAAAAUGAAGUCGAUAAAACAACUGAGAAAAGCUUUUGUAGGAAUAAAAGCGAAGUAUUUGAAGCAAAAGAGAAAAAUGUCACUGAUAAUUACUCAAGAAAGAUGAAAGAAUUUUCAACAAACUUUCUUAAUUAUGUUUUACAAUUUAUUCCACCUACAACAAUGAUUUUUCUUCAGUUUCUUGAAGUUCAGAUAAAAAACUUUUCCACAAUUGGUGUUAAUAGAGAAAAAGGCCCUUUUGCUUCCCUGGCUAUACCAAAGAUUAACCUUUCAUUCGAUGGUUGUGUUGUUAAAAACAAUCGAACACUUUUUAUUGCUCUUGCUUUGCAACACAUCAAAUCAAAAUUUUAUGCGUAUAAUAAACAAAAUCCUUCACGCAAGCCCCAUCAGGCAUGUCUGGCGGAAGUAGUUUUUGAUUGUACAUUAGAAGCACGUGUGGUAUGGAAUGAUGGAAAAUUGUUAUAUGAGAAGUUGCAUGUGUUGAUAAACAAUACUCAAGUGACGUUUUAUGGAGGACUCUUUGAUAUGAUUGAACAUGUCAUGCUGCACACGAAAUAUAAUUUAUCAUCACCAUCAUCCAACGCUUCUGAGUUUGAGUUAGAAAGUGUGAAACCACCUGAAGCAACUGUUGAUGUUAAACAUUUGAUUGAGAAAUUAACACCAAAUUUGAUUAUAAUUCAAGUGGAAAAUACGGAGGUGAAAUCAUUCAACAAAAGUUCUUCUUAUCAUUAUCAUCUUCUUCUGCAACGCAUCGAUGUAAAAGGAAACUUUAAACUAGCAAAGUCAACAAGAACAAGAAUAUCCAAUUUGAGAAUCUACACACCUUUACAUGAAGUUAUGCAUUUGAAGGAGCUUUUAGUAGAUGGGAAGUUAUGCCAAAAUAUUAUCACGUCAGGAAUUCGGAUUAACACACUUUACUUAGUUUACAACCAUGAAGACAUUCAUGGGUGGUUUAAGAAAAUAUUCCUCGCUGGAAUGAAAUCUAAUCGAAGGGAAUUAAUAAUUAAGGCUUUAAAGAUGAUUAACGAAAAAAUUGUCGAGUUUUAUUACUCUGAAUUUAUUCAAAGUGUUUUCGACAGUAUAAUUUUGAAUAAUAUGACAGAAUUGUUAAACAUCACUUUGGUGAUUGAGUUGGAAGAUGAAAUUUCUUCCCUUAAUGCUUCACAAGUUAAAUUUUCAUUGGAACAAUUAGACGAGUUGAGGAAGGUUGCUUACAACGACUACACAAUGAAAUUAUUGUUUAAAGAUAGAAAUUGGGUGAUAGAAUUGAAUAGCGACAGUCCUUUGUGCUGGUUUAUGGACCAAAAAUUUCAAUUUCUUAAUAAGGAUUCAAAGAAAACGUAUAUUCGAGGUAGCGCUAUUUAUAUUGGAAAUUCGUUCAUCCGUUUACAUAGUCAUGACGACAUUCACAAAUUGAAGCUUCGACUUGAUACUUUUCGUUCCGAAUACAGUAAAAAGUUAACAACAUUUAUCGUGCAAUCUGUUAAAAGUUACAAAGAGUACAUCGAUUUGUUCGGUCAAUUGAAAAAUAAGGAAGAUGAAGUUAUCUCAAACGUUAACAAAUUGGACUCAAUCGAAAUGAUCCUAAAAUUAAUCGACCUUGAUAUGAUCAUUUCAAAUAUUUCAUGUUUCUUCAUCAAUCGCCAUGAUGUUUGUGUUUUUAUAAAUUUGAAAGAAUUCAUUUCAACCGACAGUUUUAAUUACAUUUUGGACACAAUGGAAGUGUCGACAGUUGAUUUUUCUUGUUAUGAUUCAGUUUGUGAUCUCUCAGAAUUCUCAUCAAAAAAUAUUACCACAAAAAUGUUGAAAGUUAAUUUAUUUGCUUCUAAUGAUCAGCCACAAAUUUGUGUUGACUUUACAACUAAACUUGAAUGCUCAUGGAACGCACAUUUUUUGCGACAUGUGCUAUCUUUAAUACGAGAUUUUCAUAGAUUUAAAAGUAGUGUGGAAAGUGCCUUGGGUUUAACCCAGAAACAAAAAACUUUACUACCUCGCUCACUUCCUGUGGCUCUUGAUAUUAAGAAACUUAGAAAUAUAAGGAUCAAACAUUCUGAU